UAGGAGGGGAUUAUUUAGAAAACAGAACAUUACCAUUUAAAGUUGUUUCUUCGGAACAAAAUUACAUCGAAAAAAUAAAGGAAGCGAAAAUCUUUGGUGUUUGAGAAGGACUUGAGUUGUGAAGAGAUCAAAUCGUUUCCAACAAUUAAAAAAAAAAUUACAUUUUUCAUUCCCAAAACUGAAGCCCCAAUCUUCUGAACCCUAAGGCUGAGAUUUCAGGCCAACAUUUGAAUUCUGUGACCAUUAAUAAUGACUACGGUCCAGAGUGAGGAGGCAGCAAAAGGAACUGCCACAACUGACAAAGCAUUCAAAAGAUGGGGAAGGAGAAGCCCAUUUUUGAGAUACGGCCUUCCUAUGAUCUCUCUCACCGUCCUCGGCUCUCUAGGCCUUGCCCAACUCUUGCAAGGCAGCAAGGAUAUUGCAAGGGUGAAAGAUGAUCAAGAGUGGGAAAUAAUUGAAACAAGAAAAGCAUUGUCUAGGACAGGACCAGUGCAUUCGUACAAUCCAAAACAGAUUUCCUUGGACGAUGAGCUAAAGGCUUUGCAACAAAAGGUGGACAUUAACAGCUAUGAAUACAAGAAAAUUCCUAAACCAAAUGAAGGCCAUCAAGACUAGUGUAGAGUUGUGGAUUGGAAACAACUUUUGUCAGAAUUUCUCAUGUACCGUUCUGGAAGUAAAUUUUUAUGGAGUCAAAAGCUAAUUCCAUCUUGCUAGUGAAGGUGGUAUGGCCCUUCAUCUUUAGUGUUUUGACUUUUGCUUACGACAUUAUGGGAGUUGAAGUUGAGAUAAAAUUUUGAAAUUUGUGUACCGAGGAUUUUUAAGUACGGUGCUGGGAAUAGCUAAAGGUACUCCCUUGGCUCUAAGGGUGAAAAAGUGUAAAUGUUUCUUGUCAUGUUUUA